AUGUCCUACUACAGGUACCAGUACAAGCAGCAGUGUUCCUUCCCGGCUGGAAUGAAGUGCCCCCCGCCCGUGUUCCCCCAGCAGUGCCACCCCCCCGGGCUGGUGAAGUGUGUGCAGUGCCCAGGGUGUGCCCCCACGGCUGCCAAGGUGUGCAGCGUGUGUGUCCCAGCUCCCAAGGUGUGUGUCCCCUCUCCUCAGGUGUGUGCCCCAGCUCCCCUGUGCCAACACAGCUCCUACCCUUACUCGUACCAGUGGUCCAACAGCUACCAGUACAACUGUGGGCAGCAAUAA